AAUGAGACUUGCAGCAAGUAAAGCAUCUUCACCAUGUUGCCACAAGCACUUCUUCUUAUGGCUCUUUUGAACACCAAUGUUGCAUCAACGUCAAACAUCAUCACCGCCCUACCGGGCUUUCCCGGUAACCUCCCCUUCAAACUUGAAACUGGGUACGUGGGAGUAGGCAACAUGGAUGAUGUGCAUCUAUUUUAUUACUUCAUUGAGUCUGAAGGGAGUCCAGAAUAUGAUCCUCUUGUGCUUUGGCUCACUGGAGGUCCCGGUUGUUCUGCGUUUUCUGGCCUCAUAUAUGAAAAUUUAGGUCCACUAUCCUUUGACUACGCAAAUUCCAUUGGCAACAAGCCACAGUUCAAGUUGAAUCCAUACUCAUGGACAAAGGUUGCCAACAUAAUAUUUUUAGAUGCACCUGUCGGCACCGGAUUCUCAUACGCAAAAACUUGGAGAGGGUACGCUAAUAUGAGUGACACUUUAUCAGCAGCACAAACGUAUGAAUUUCUAAGAAAGUGGCUUAUGGACCACCCUAAGUUCUUCAACAAUCAACUCUAUGUUGCUGGCGAUUCUUAUUCGGGCAUAGUUGUUCCCAUUAUCGUUCAGAAAAUAUCCGAUGGUAAGCUACUUACCAUAACCACGUCGGGCAUAGUUCUUCCUCUGUACAUUCGACCUUUAAUUAAUUCAGUCUCACAUGCAUAUGAGGUAUUGGUCUGCAGUUGUUUUGUUUGUUUCUUAUGUGUAGGUAAUCAUGAUGACAAUGUGCCGCCAAUAAAUAUCAAAGGAUAUGUGCUUGGCAAUCCAGUGACAGAUUUGGACAAAGAUGGGGAUUCCAGAAUUUUAUUUGCUUACCUAAAAGCACUUAUAUCAGAUGAACUGUACCAGUCACUUGAAACUAAUUGCAACGGAGAGUAUAUCAAUGUGGAUCCAAACAACGCAUUAUGUAUGGAUGAUCUAGAAAUUUACAACGAGUGCACUGAAGACAUACGCUCUGUACAGAUAUUGGAACCUUCAUGUACUCUAACUUCGCCAAAAUCAAUGGGAUCAAUAUGGAAACCCGACCAUCACAGUGAUAGGGACUCUAAAAAUAUCCUCCUUACUUCUUCUGGACUUCCUAGGCCAUGGUGUCGGGAAUACAAUUAUAUCCUCUCUGAAAUUUGGGCAAAUGACAAAACUGUUCAAGAUGCUCUUCAUGUUCGGGAGGGAAGCAUUGAAGAAUGGGUGAGAUGCAAUUACAGCUUACAACAUUCAUAUAUAAAAGAUGUUUCCUCUAGUCUUGUAUAUCAUGAGAACCUCAUAAAAAAAGGCUAUAGAGUUCUUAUUUACAGUGGUGAUUAUGAUAUGUUCAUUCCAUAUGUGGGUACUUUUGCUUGGAUCGAGUCGCUUAACUUAACUGUUGACAGUCGUUGGAGGCCAUGGUUCGUCAGUGGGCAGAUUGCAGGAUACAGUGUGCAGUACUCACACAUAACUAAUUACAAGUUGACAUUCACGACUAUAAAGGGAGCCGGUCACACAGCUCCAGAGUACAAACCUGAAGAGUGUCUUGCUAUGAUUAGUAGCUUAAGAGUCAAGGUUGAUUUAGGGUCUAUCAUUGGUAUCAUCAGAGCCAAUCACGAUCUUUCAUCCCUUCUCUGUACCGUAUGACUCAUGCUUCUACAAAGAAAGCCAUGGAUCCAUAGAAUCAACUUUCUGCAAUAAACAACACUCUCAACAUCCUACUUCAGAGGUUUGACGCCAUGGAAGAACGCCAAGAUUCAUCCGACGCUCGAUUUGAGAAAUUUCGCGAUUUUGUGCGAAAUGUGAUAUGGUUUUUCAUGUGGACUCCUCAGAUGUGACCCCUUCAGAUCCCAAUUUGCAUGAAGAUGCAAGAAAUCAACAAUUCAAUCGCCAAGAUUCAGGUUUUCACCCAAGACCUCCAUUGGUGAAAUUGGAUUUUCCUCGAUUUCACGAAGGUGAUGACCCUCUCGGCUAGGUUUAUAAAGUGGAGCACUACUUUGAUUACUUCACCAUUCCAGAAGAUAAGAAGGUUCGAAUGGCCUCCUUCGACAUGGAAAAUGAAGCAUUUCAGUGGUUUCAAUGGGUGAAUUGUGUCAAGAAUUACCCUAAAUGGGAAGAUUUCACAAAGAUUUUUUGUCGCAAAUUUGGAUCACCUGAUCUUGUGGAUUGCACUGAGAAUUUAGUGAAGCUUCACCAAACUGGGUUACUCAGGGAUUAGGAAUUCCGUCGAUUAGCGAAUCGUACUAUGGAAAUGACUCCAAGAAUCUUAAAAAGUUGCUUCAUUGGGGUUUAAAACCGGAGAUUCAGCAUGAUGUCAAGAUCCUUCGCCCUUUCGAUGUUCAUGAAGCUAUAGCCUAUUCGCAACAAGUGGAUGCUAAAUUGGCAGAGCUCAAGGUAAAAUCUUUUUCAAGAAAUCCAUUCCCUACAUCACAAUUCAAGCCUACUCAUCUGUCUGACAUUACCAAUAUACCAAAACCUGAAUCUUCAACACAAAAUGAUAAUUUUCGACGACUAACAGUUGCAGAAAUUGAGUUUCGAAGAAAGAAUAGAUUGUGUUUCAAUUGUGAUGAGAAAUUUUCUAAAGACCAUGUGUGUGCUGGUCCUAAAUGUCAAAUUUUACUGAUAGAUGUGUAUGAAAAUGGCCAUUUGAUUGAGCAUGAAUCUGAUGAUACUGAUGAACCUGAA